AUGUCAUCUUGCAAUUUGAAUGAUUUCCCAGAUCUUGGAAAUGCAUUGAAUAUGUUAAGUUUGGACCUCUCAAACAAUCAUUUGCGAGGGGAUAUUCCUAGAUGGAUUUGGGGGAACAAAAAGGACUAUUUGGACCUUUCUUUUAAUCUCCUGGCAGGGUUGAAAAAGCCUCACAUCUCUCCAAAUUUCAGUAAUUCGAUUGUCUUGCUUGUAAACAAUAGACUAACUGGAAAGAUUCCAACCUCCAUCUGCAAUGCAUCUUCACUCAGAGUUCUCGACUUGUCAUUCAAUAACUUGAGCGGUAGCAUACCUCCUUGCCUUAUAAACAAAAAUCUUGUGAGCCGAGUGGUCAAUCUCAGGGGAAACAAAAUCAGUGGUGUUAUUCUGGAUCAAUUUUCUCGUGAGUGUAUCCUACAAACCUAUGAUGUUAGUAACAACAACUUAGGUGGGAAGAUUCCCAAAUUCCAAGGAGGCUUGAGAUGUAGUAAGAGUUGGCCGAAUCUUCAAAUUCUGGAUAUAUCUUCAAAUGAAUUCAAUGGUCGUCUGAAUGUGCUAAAUUUCUCGAGUUUGAGUCCUACACAUGUCAGGCUCAACCGCUCCAACUCUAACAUUUUAGGAGACGGUAGUUACUACCAAAAUGAGGUGAAUUUAACCGUCAAAGGAAUUGCAGUAAAGCUUGUGAAGAUUUGGCCUGACUUUACAUGCAUUGAUUUGUCUUCCAAUCGUUUUAAGGGAGAAAUACCAGAUGCAAUUGGUAAUCUCACCUCACUCUAUCUUCUCAACUUAUCCCACAACUCUCUCAGUUAUGCAAUCCCAAGAUCAUCGGGUGCCUUGGCAGAUCUUGGGUCGCUCGACCUCUCUUCAAACAAGCUCACCGGGAGAAUACCAGAUGAGCUCACAAAACUUAGUUUCCUUUCAUUCUUGAAUGUGUCUUACAAUCAUCUCACUGGACCGAUCCCAACUGGCCGCCAGUUUCAAACGUUUACGGAAGAUUCAUAUGUUAGAAACUCGGAGUUAUCUGGUUUACCACUCACCGGAAGUUUCAAUAACCGUCGUCCACCUGCUCCAUCUCCAUCAGACGAUUCAGAAUCAAAAGAUGAGGAGAUUAAGUGGGAAUAUGUGUUUGCUGCAUUUGGUUAUUUUGUGGGAUUCAGAAGCAUUGCAUGGACAUUGAUAUGUUGCAUAAACUUGAGAGAAAGAUACUUUGAGGAGGUAGAGGAGGUUGUUGACAGGAUAUUCUAUGAGAGAUGA